GCACCCCUCAACCCCUCAGGGGCCUUCUGUGGGGGUGUGGAGCAUCCUGGUCCAUUCCUCGUGGCACCUUCUGGCCUAAGGACCACUGUGCCUGCUUCAGCCAGUGGGGGAAUCCAGAACUAUGGGGGCAACUGUCACCUGGGCCUUAGUCCCCCAGCACCACCACCAUUUACAGACCUGGCCCCCAUCAUCUUCCCAAUGAAUGCCUGCCAAUGGCCAGGUACAGAGUAUGGGGAGGUCGCACUGCCCACCUUCCAGGCUACAGUGCCACCAGAUGACUCCAGUGGACCUCAGAGCAACUAUGAAGAUUUCAGGCGCUGGCAGCAUUUCAAGACCUUGGUCCGCAGGCACUUUCCUCAGACUCUAGAUGUGGAAGCACUUUCUUGCUUCCUCAUCCCAGUGCUUCGGACUCUCUCUGAACUGGAGCCCACCAUAAGCAUGGAGGAGGCCCUGUGGAAGGGUGUGCAGGAAUGGCAGCGCACUAGCAACUUUGACCGGGUGGCCUUCUAUGAGACUGCAGAAAAGUACAUGGAGUUUGAAGCUGCAGAGGAGAUGGAGGAUCCAAGGAUGCAGCUGUCAGGGGUCUUCCAGUGCCAACCUCCUUCUGUAUCUCUAAGGAGGGAUUUUCCAAGGCCCCCAGCCCCUAAGGCUGUGCAACAACCAGUGUGCAACUCCAGAAAGACCACCCCUAAGGCACAGUGUGCCCACUCAGUACCAGCCAAACGCAAGGCACCAGAGACUAAGAUGUGUGAGACCAAGGUGCCAGAGGAGAUCCCACCUGAAGUCAUCCAAGAGCUCAUGGACAUCCUGGAUGAGCUAGUCGGGCCUACCAACAUUGCCACGUGGGAGCCGUUUCACUUGUCUAUAGAAGAUAUUGCUGCAAACUUGGGAGAGGAAGGACUGGAGCAUCAGCCAAUGGAGGAUGAUUUAUAUCCAGAUCCAAGUCUCCUGAGCUACAUUGAUGAGGGCUUUGUCAACAAGAUGGAAACCAUGAUUAACCCCCACUUCUUGGAAGAAUUACUUUCCUCCGAAUCAUAUAUAAAUAUCGUGGACAUAACAAAACAGUUGGAGCAGGAAGAAGGACUUAUCCCUAACCAGGACUCAAGAGCUUCUGAGGCAGCUGCCAGCCAAGGAGCAGAGAAACGUAGACACUGCACUGACCACGGGGUCUGCACGCAGAACUGGCCCCCGGAGGUGACUUCCCAGGACGUGAAGAGGCGCAGGGCCACAGAGCCAGAACUGCUGGGUCCAAAGGACACUGCUAUCCUCCCGAGCUGUCAAGUGUCUCCCUCACUGGGGGCCAUCUGGUCCAACCAUCCACCCCAGGACCGCAGAUCCUCCUCCCCAAACCUGAGGGGGAAAGGUGCUGGUGGUCACAGAGGAGCCAAUUCUUCUGGAGGGCCACAUGGGACAGCCAAUGGCUGCAGUGUGGACAAUGACCUCCAAUGCCUGGACUUCCUCCUAGUCUCCCAGCACUGUCUGCUGCCCUGGGCUCUGUGCCAGAGCCAGGGCCCUCGCAUGGAACCCCUCUGCUCAGGAGACCAAGCACCCCAGGCCCCACCUGCCCAGACAGGCAGCCUCCUCCCCCAUCCUCCUCCAGCUGCCAUGUCCAAGAAGAGCGCUCUCACUGGACGCUCCCGCAAAGUGGAAAAGAUGCCUCGCCCCAGGCCUCCCCUGGAGGUCACUGGAGGGAAAGACCUGCAUCUGAAGCAGGUUCGAACCUCACAGCCUCAGAAGAGGAAGUGCAAGGCACCAGGCAACCCAAAGAAGAAAAGGAGGCUCUAUAGACAGUAG